AAAAAAAGUGAUUUUCUUCAAGAUUAUUUUAUUAGAUUUGAGUAGAUAAAUGUACUCGCUUAUAUUAUUAGUAAGAUAGUUUACAUUUUUGUUUGUUUGUUUUAUUGUCUAUCAACAAAUUACAUUAUUUAUUUGUACACAUCAAUUGUGUAAGCAUAAAGUGUUGAGUUCUUUCUUUCUUUCUUUCUUCUUCUAUUUUUGUUUUGUUUUCUCCUUAACUUAACAAUAAGUUAACAUUAUAUAUACAUUUAAUGAUUGGUUACACCCUUUUAUUGUGUAGUUCUGUUGCACAAUUGUGCUGAAUAAAUCAAAUUGUUUUGUUUGGGAAGCAAUUACAAUCAGCUAUAUAUAGAGAUAGAUAGAUAGAUAAGUAAAGAGAUAGAUAUAUAAUUGUAUAGUUUCUAACGAUUGAGCACAUUUAUUUAUCCCUUGAUAAUUUACUUAUAAAUCAAUAUUAAAAUAUUAAAGUUUAUCCAAUACACAUAUAGUCAAUAAUAAUCAUAAUAUUAUGAAAGAAAUAGUAGCUAUGGUUAAAGAUGCUGAUAUGAAUCGUGCUAUGCAAGAGGAUGCUGUCUAUAUAGCUGCAAAUGCAAUUGAUGAACAUAAUACUGAACAAGAAAUUGCAAGAUAUAUUAAAAUACAAUUUGAUCAUAAACAUAAACCUUAUUGGCAUUGUAUAGUUGGUGGAACAUUUUCUAGUUUUGUAUCCCAUGAAGCAAAUAAAUUCAUCUAUUUCUUCCUUGGAAAUCAUUCAAUCCUUUUGUAUAAAUCCUUAUAAUUAUAACAUUAUAAUUGUAUUAUAAUUAUUUUUUUGUAUUUUUCUAUCAGUAAUGUAACUAUGAGAUUUCAACUAUUACGUAAUCAUGAGAAACAAAAUGUGUAAAACAAAAAAAACCAAAAAAAAGAAAAGGAAAUCAACUUGUACAUUUAAUAAUGAUUUCAUAAUGUUACUAUUUUGUUGUUGUUGUUAUUGUUGUUGCUGUUGCUUUUGUUGUUUAGAGUCACCAAUAUGAACAUAAAGAAAACAACAAAAACAACAAAAAAAACAUGAAAAAUAUGCAUUUGUGUUGUUGCAUCUUCAUUUAUGUACAUUAUUGAUUUUUUUUUGUUUUUCAAUAUCAUUCCACUGAUAAUUGAUCUUCUUUCAUAUGUGUUGAUAAGUUAAAAGAUCAUUAUGAAUUAUAAGUAAAGAUGAAUACUGAAUAGUAAUGGAAUACAGUUUGAUGCGCAUUUCGUUCUAUUCAAUACUCGUCAUAUUGGAUGUGCCUGCAUCACAGAGUUAAUGUUCACUCUGGUACUCGAAUCCAGUAUCACAUUAUCCAAUUAGUUACAGAAUGAACAUCAACUGUGAGAUGUAGGUAGAUCCAACUGACGAGUACCAAAUCGGACGAAACACGCAUCAAACUGGAUUCCAUUGCUAGCCAUUAUCCAUAUUUGCCUAUAAUGCUUAUGAAUGAAGGCUAUAUUGAGGCAAUAUGCAUAGUAUACACAUAUGUCAAUAAGAGACUGAUCAAUUGUGGUCUUAAACAUCAAUAGGAAGAUCUAAG